GAAAGCCAGGAAAGAACACAUUACACAGUGUUUCUUCUGAGAGCCAGCUAGCCUCCAGUGAUUGAAAUCAAUAAAAACAGUCGGCAAGGGGCCCAGUGGGGGAAGAGAGAAAUCUCCACUACAGCAUUCAGUUUGCUUUCCACUUUCUCCCUCCCCCCCCCUAAAGUUAAACUCUGAAGAUCACCAUGACAAGCUACUUCGCUUCCAGCCCUGGGAAGACGCUGGUGGGGAUUUAAAGGAAGCGAGUGCUGUGCCUUCGCCUCCCUGCCUUCGCUCUGCCCCCAGCGUGAAGGAAAUGAAAGGCUUGUUUGGAAUCUGAAUCCCUCCUGGAAAAACUUCAUCAGACAAGUGCAUCGUUCUGCAGUUCAGGAAAGGGAUGGAUUUUACGGUCGGAGAAUGCUAAAAGGUGAGAGGGGAGAGAAAAGCAGGAAACUGAUUCAGCCAGAGCCCACGUACAGGCUAGGAUGUCCACCACAGCAGAGGGGACCUCUGAAGCUGCGGGGAGGACUGCAAGCCAGCGCCUGAGCUCGGCAGGAUCCACAUCUUAAGGCAGCCGAACCCCCGGGGUACACGUGACUGAGCACCGACCCAGUGGCUCAACUUCAGACUGACGUUCUCCUGGGCUGCACCUCAUAGGAGCUGUUAACCAACAGAGAAGAUACAAACGCUAAAAUCACUAUGUGGAGCUGUGAAACCUUAAACAGCAGUACUGAGCACAGCGAGGACCAGCAUCUCUGCCAUGACUUCCACCUUGUGCUUUCCAUCUUUUCCCUACUCUACCUCAUUAUAUGUUUCCCCAUUGGCCUGUGUUACAAUGGCUUGCUGGUCCUGGUUAAUCUCUACAACAAAGCUACUAUGACUAUGCCAGACGUUUAUUUUGUCAACAUUGCUAUUGCUGGUCUCAUCAUCAACGCUCUGGCACCCAUGUACCUUCUGGGUCUUGCCAACACAAAAUGGGCCAUCUGGAAUUCUAACAAUGAAGUUUAUAUUACCUUACUUAUUUUAUUCAACGUCUCCUCCUUAGUUACCAUGUACUCUACUACAUUACUCAGCCUGGACUACUACAUCGAACGCGCUCUACCUAGGACUUACAUGUCAAGCGUGUACAACACCAAACACGUUUGUGGGUUCAUAUGGGGUGGUGCCAUGCUGACAAGUUUCUCAUCUCUCCUCUUCUAUGUCUGCAAUCACGUCUCCACUAAAAUAAUUGAAUGUUCCAAGAUGCAGAACAAAGAGGCAGCUCACGCCAUUAUGGUUUUUAUCGGGUAUGUGGUGCCUGCCAUCGCUGUACUGUAUGCACUGAUCUUAAUCUUGAGAAUACGCAAAGAGGCCACACCGCUGGAUCAGGACACUGGACGAUUAGAUCCAUCGGUGCACAGGCUUUUGAUUGCCACAGUCUGUACACAGUUCACCUUAUGGACACCCUAUUACGUCACCCUCUUGGUAAGCACGUUUGCUAACGCACGAGGGCGAAUGGCGGAUGAAAACUUCAGUCGAAUACUGCAUUUUACCAAGAUCUUAUCCAAGUUCUUGGCUUUCUCAAGCAGCUUUGUGAUGCCUUUGCUCUACAGGUACAUCAACAAAAACUUUCCCAACAAGUUGCGACGUCUGCUGAAGAAGCUGCACUGCGGGAACCAAGGGUGUUCUCACGAACGCACAGUAGUACAGCAAGUUAGGACGUAGGCAUGAAAGCCCCUCUGGUGCUCUGUUACUGCAGUACUUAGCAUACCAGUACUGGGACUGUGACAGUGCUCUGUUGGCACCCAGUCUUUAAUGUUAAGAGUCCCAACCAAGAGGCUAGAAGGAGCUCUCCAUCACUGUUAAAUGAAACAGUCUUAAUUUUCAGAUAGUUGAUUGUGGAAAAUUGCUGAGAUCUUGCGAGACUCUGGCCUCCGUGCUGUGAUACCUGUGACAUCUAACACUUUGAGUGCACUGAACUGGUUACAAAGCAUAACUUCUGUCUUCAUUGCUCUAAUAUUCCUGCCUGAAGAAAUCACCAAGCAGUUUAUUGAAGCCUUUGGCUGAAGACACAGCACCUUGUACCUUGUAUAGAAAAAGGUGUUACCUUCUUUUCUGUACAGAGAUGUAAUAGUGCUAUCCUGGAUGAAGUAAAUAGCGUUUUUUUCAAUGAAGAUGAUAGAGGUGAUCUUGACUAAAGAUCCCAUUACCCAGUUAUACAUCUCCACAUAGUAAAUGUUAAUUAUAAAUUAAAUUAUUUAAUUUCUUUCUCCAUCACUGAAUCCCCUCUAAAAGAAGCCUAAUUUACCAGUUGCAGAAAUUGUUUUCUCACACACAUUAGCCUAAGUUUUAACAUUUAUGGUAAAU